CCUCUUACACACAUGUGCUGGUCAAACUGAAUCUCCGCAGUCGAGCUGAGAAACUCUCAAGCUAUCAUAUGGGGGAAAUGCUUUGUUUAGGCACUGCAGACCACAUGCUCAUGGCUGCUAACUUUUAAUCGUGUUUCGUUUCAGUAAAAGGGUGAAGAUUCAACGCUUUAUUCAUAUUAACAAACCACCUAUUCAUCCGUGGUUAAAAUCCAGCGGUGGAAAAUAAAACACAGCGGCGUCUAUUUAACCAAACAUCUCCGCGUGACUUCUUUUUCCUGUGGCCUUUUGGUCUCUCUUUCACAGACAUGUCUCAGGGCAGCUCAUUCCAGCUCAUGCAGACUUUGAGGAAGUCUCCAGCUGUUUUCCGCCGCCGUUUCCGCCAGGACCGCACCCAGACCCUCUCGCACGGCGACCCGCUCUUCAAGGUGCACUACAUUGGUACAGAAAAGAUCUACUCCCUGGAUGUAGAACAGGCUGAGGAGGCCAUAGGCCGGUUGCUGGAGAAGUCGCCAGAUUCAGCUGCUCUAGGCAAACUGGGCAAGGAACAUGCUCUUGUUGUUCGACCUCGCUAUGUAGAAGUCAAGGAGAUCAGCACAGGCAGACAACUCACAAAGACAUACCUAAAGGACAUUGCCUAUUGCGCAGCUGACGCAACUAGGCCCAAUCUCUUCCUCUAUAUCUGUAAGCAGCGAGGCCAACAGCUUCAGUGCCGAGUGUUCUGGUGUAGUAGGCCAGACCGGGCUAAAGACAUGACUGUCUGUUUAGCUAAAUCCUUUCAGAGAGCUCUGAAUGACUUGCAAGAGGAGGAGAGCAAUCACGCUACAAGAGAAGAAAGCAAGAUGGAUGGAAAGCCAGUUGCAGCCAUGGAACAAGGAAAAAGCUGCACGCUACCAGCAGACCUGAGAAAAAAUGAGGGUCGGUGGCGAAGACGGAGCCCCCUGAGAGAGUUGAUGAGGAGAACCAGUAUCAGCAACUGAAACACCACUGCAAUCCUUGAGACUUUCUGAAAGUCUUUGUGAAACUGUCAGUGCUGAUAUUUUUGUCAUCUUUGGGCAGAUUUUAUAAAACCAGUUUUAAUGAAAACUGGACAGACAUUGAUCAAACAGCCCAUUUUUGCCUGUAUAUGUAUAAGAGCAUAUAACUGUGAGAAUAUGGAUAGAUGGUCUGAAGUCUGACAGCAACUCUCGGUUCAGUCGGCUAUGGGUUGGUACACUGAGACAGUGUUACAUUGGAAUGUUGCCAGUGUUUGGAAUGCAAUCAGAGUGUUUGCUGUACCUAGAAUCUGUUGCAUAAAGAGCACAAUAUUACAACAUGAGUUUUCCAAGAUUCUAUAAUAUUGCAAUAUAUUUGGUCAAAGUGUUCUCUUUGUACAUUAAUUGUUAGGCCUCCAAGCACUUAUUAUACAGUAGGUAAAUAGUAAAAAGUAGAUAUAACAAGUUAAUUUACAAAUUCAUUGAUCAGAGUUGUCCGUCUUGGACAUUUGAAAUCAGCAUUUAGUUUACCUGUUCCUAAAAUGUAACAAUUUGGCCAAAAUCAUAUAUUUUGCAGUGUCUCUAUAUAACAGUUGUACUCUAGUAAAAAAGACUGUAUUCCUGUUGCUCAACUGGUGAAGCAUGGCGCCUGCAACGCUAGGUUCAUCGGUUCGAUUCCCAGGGAACACACACAAAAAAAAGUCGCUUUGGAUAAAAGUGUCUGCCAAAUGCAGAAAUGUAAAUGUAACAAGUUAUUGGCCAAUCGCUCUUAAGGACUUCCUCAUUUUACCUGCAGUUCAUUGAAAUUCCUUAGUCUGUUACAUCAGACAUACAGACUUAUUACAAUCAGGAUGUUACUCUGCUGGUCUUAAGCAAUAACCCUAAAGAGAAAAACUUUUUGAAGAAGUGAAAUUAAUUUAGUAAGAGAGAACCGUGUGAAAGGAUGCACUCUGCAAUGACUCCUGUUAAAUAUAUAUCCACUACUCAGUUUUAUUAUUGAGAGUUAACAUGAUUUUAUUACUAAAUCAAUGGAUUAAACAUUUAGGAUAAAUUACUUAUUAAACUUAUUGAUGCAAAGAUACAAGAUAUAUAUACUGUUUUGCAAAGCACUAAAUUCAUACCACUAAUCUACAAAGUCCUUUUUUUCUACUUACUACUAGAGAUACAGCAUGUAUGUUUCUCUUAUUCAGCACACUUAAAAUAAAAAUGCCAAUAAAACAAAAAAGUUAAAGGAAUAUUUCAGGAUAAGUUAACUUGAGAAGCAUCUGUGGCAUUCUGUUAAUACAUAACUUUUGUUUCUUUGUAAGAAAAAUAGGAGAAAUGUACAGUUGGACAUAAAACAUAAUGCACUUACAAUGGAAGCCUACAAGGCAAGUACACUGAAGGUUUAAAAGCAGAAAUGUAGAAAUGAAAAGCUCUGAAUAGUCUUCAAGUAAGGGAUUCCACAGUCAUGGAAAUGCCAGAAAUAUUCAGAAAUUAUAAAAUUGUGAUUCCCAGGCAUGUAAAUAAAUCAAAUCAUGUCAUGGAAAUUUCAAUAUGAAUAAAUAUAAUUAUUCAAGUUAUGCUCAGCUCUAAAAUAUUGCAUUGGCAAGAAAUUGGGCUUUGAGAGUGCAAUCUCUAUAAAAUGAUUUCUAAUAAUCCUUAUCCUGUCAUCAAGAGCAACUGGAAAGGUCACAGAAAUGCAUUUGCAAACACUUUUCUAGAUUAUAAAAAUUGACGAAAUAACUUUUAUGUUACUGACUUUUUCUAUUGGAAUCCCAACGUUCCUAUUUUGCGCUGUUUGCAUUAAAGCAACAAAAAUAUGGAAAAUAAACUACAAUUUAUUUUGUGUAUACAUGCGAGGGAUAAUGCACAGGGGUUCUGAUCACCAUCUGCGUUUAUUUUGCGAUAACAACUGGCUGACUGUACAUUAUCCUGUUAUUGUGCUGCUACUUACCAAUAAAUAAAUAAAUGGCCAUGAAAUAUU